CUUUUUGCUGUUCUUGUGUGUUCUGUGUGGUUUUGAGUGUUUUCUGAGGAUAAAAUAGUCGGCCCGCGUAUGACGAUCAAUAAUGAAGACCGAGAACAACGCCCAAAGCCCGUUAACGCUGAAGGAGAUCAUGCAGUAUAUCCAGAGCGGCGAAACGAAAAAGGAGCUAACGGCACUGCGGGCUGCCGAUAAGAUGCUGGAUGACGAAAAGAAUAAGUCAAAGUUUAAUUCGAUCAUUAAUAAGAUGAUCGCGCAGGGGAUGGUUUCGAGCUGCGUUGAGUAUCUCGUAGCUUUCGACAGGCCGACCCUUCAGCGCGAAGCGGCGUCGGUGCUAUCGUGCAUCGCCAUGUACGGUGAGUCCGAUCAGUGGAAGGUGGUGAUCGAGGCCAAUGCGAUACCGCGCAUGAUUGAUCUCCUUUCUUACCCAUCGAGAAAGCUGACACUGUCGAUCACCACAGCGUUAAUUCGAAUUGCGUGUGUUGAUCCGGAGGCACGGGAUACCGUGCUCGAGUACGAGAUCGUUGAGGCGAUCAUCAGCAUCCUGCGGAACGCCAACACCUCGAUUAGCCGGCAGAUACAUCUGAUAGAAUUGAUAGAAGCACUGUGUUGGGAUUGCGAAGCAACACCACCACCCUUCGAGUGCAUCGAGCCCUUGAUUCCGGUAUUAACAGAGCUACUGGAUCACGAGAGCAGGCAGGUAGUAAUCGACGCAUGCAUGGCCCUGUCCAAGAUAACUGAAAGAAAACACCUUGAUGCGAUUAAGGUGGCAUCGGUGGUAGCGGCCGGUGCCGUACCGAAACUGUUGCGGGUGCUGGGAUCUGAUGCGAGUGCUUCCACCAGAGAGCAGGCCGUUGAGUGCGUUGGAAACUUGGUGGAUUGGUGGUCGACGCGCCAAACAUGA